AGGUUUCCUCAUUCUUUGGUUGAAUCUCAUUCGGCAAACAACUCUUUCCAGAGUUUCAAAAUUAUACAAAUUUGCCUAAAUUUUUCUAGAAAAAAAAAAAGUCUAAUCAUGUCUAGUAAUAAACCUAUCGGACCUGGACCUGGUGCGUAUAACCUGCCCAGCACCUUUGGUGAUAACAUUUGCUACAACCGGAUGCAGCGAAGUCCACAGUUUUCCUUCGGAAAGCAGGCGAGAAGCUGUAACAAUCCCCUGAAAGUUGAAGGGCCCGGGCCAGCUUCCUAUCAUCUGGGCAAUGUGACGCGUUAUGGAACCAUUGCAUCCGAAUCAUACUCUGUGUACAAUCGUCGUUAAAUAGUGAAAUGGUUUAAAAUAUAUAUACAUGGCUUACCAAAA